AAUCCCACAUGCCAGUGCUCUAGGACAAGUGGAGCACCCUUAAACAGCGGUUUUUGCGGGGAGGAGACCACAACAAAAACACCCACCCACCAAAUAAUCCGCGAUUACUCAUCGCCGAUAUGUCUGGGAAUCCUUUCGACAGCGACGAGGACCAAAGCUCCGCCAGCGGGGAGAUCCUCGAGGGCUUCCUGUGUCCCAUUUGCCGUGCAGACCUCAAGUCCAUCGAUGUGCUCACAGAUCAUUUUGCCCGCCAGCACGCCGAAGAGGAGGCUGCCUUGAAAUCCUUCAAAGACAUCUUUACCAAGGCGAAAAAGAAGAUCCUGAACCCUUUUGAGGAUGAAAAGGGAGCAGCCGCAGCCUCGCCUGCUGGCUCCUCCUCUUCGGGAGCCGCCAAGAAUCCCAAUGGCAACGGCGAUCGCAAUGGACCCAGUAAUGCUCGCUCGCGUCACAAUGUUUUUAACCACAUGGCGAGGCAACAGGCAGGUGCCGAGUGCUCCCACUUCGAGUACUUCCAGUCCAUUCGGAAUCCCCGCCUGGAGCGAUAUGCCAGCGAAACGAACAAGUUGAUCAUCCGCCUGCACCGCCUGCUGAAGGAUCUGCCCGCGGAUUCGGUGCAGCGACGACAGCACGAACAGCAAACGGUUGCCUGGCUGGAUGGCACGUCCGUGAAGUUGUGUCCCAGCUGCGCCAAGAGUUUCCACUUCGCGCGAAGACAGCAUCACUGCCGCUUGUGCGGCGGCAUCAUGUGCAACGACUGCUCCAAGUUCCUGCCCCUCGAGGAUGCCAUGCAACUGGCCAGUCUCUCCACCACCAGAAGUGAGCCUUUACAGCAGCUGCAUCAGCAUGAGAAUGCCCUGCGGCUGUGCGAACACUGCCUCUGGCUGCUGGACACGCGGAGGGACAUGCACGAGAGUCGCACCUGUCGCCCACUUCUCGUACAAGUCUACGAACAGAUUCGCCAGCUGCAGAAGGAAGUAACCCCGGAUCUGGACAUGUAUCUGAAGAUCAUCAAUAGCCUUAACGAAGGGGACACCAUCUUUACGCUGGCGGAUGCCGGUGCUCUGCGCGGCAAGAUCGGUCAGGUGGCCGAGGCCAUGGACAUGAGGAGCAAGCGCAUUUUAGCCAUAUUCUGUGAGCCAGGCAGCCGGGAGGAGGCCCUGAAGAAGGCCAUUCGGUUGGGCUGCAUCCAGGCCAUCAAGGAGCGCAUGCUAUCGCUGCCACCACUGCCAGAGGAGGCGCACAUCCGUCAGAUGCAGGAGCGUCGACGCAUGGAAACGCAGCAGCGCAUCCUCACCGAGCAGCGGAUGGCCAUGGAGGCCUACGAGCGAAAUAACCAGGCCGCCAACCAGUCGGGAGUGGGAAUUCCGGGUCCCGAAAGUGGUUCCUUUGCCCAGGGGUCGGAUCUUCAAUCCCUGACCAACUGGUCGGCACCGCAGGCGGCCAGCAAGUCCAGCCUGGACGAUCCUCUGAUUGAGCAAAUCAACAUCAUCAAGGGCUACAUUAAGCAGGCGCGUCAGGACAUGAACUUUGAGGUUGUGGAGACCCUGGAGCUCAAUCUUCGCGAGCUGCAGCGUGAGGUGUACGAGCGACAGCGCCACUCCCAAGGCAGCACAGCCGCCUCGCCCACAGAGGCCUAGGUAUCCUAUCCAGUAUCCUAUAUAGUUGAAUAUAUAACCAUUCCCGCAAUGACAAAUUAAAUGCUUUACGUUACGCGUU